AUGGUCGUGCAGAAGGCAUUAUGGCUGGAUCCCCAGCCCAUGGCGAUUAUCGAGAUGUGGGCGGGGCAGGCCGAACAGGGCUCCUGGACCGGGGAUGCCGCGGACGAUGAUUUGGGAUUGAUCAUGGAGGAUGAAGGGUUCGCGGAGGGUACAGGUGGGGGCCCGAUCCCGUCAUCCCCACCGUCGUCCAUCCACAGCCAAGAUGCUGCCCCCAUCAGCCGGAUGUCCCGCCAGGGCCGCAUGCUGUUCCAGACCGGGGUUGAUAUCAUGGUGGGUAAGUUCAUGGUCCGGGGCCAACACGGGCCGGUGGAGGUGUUGUUAGACUGGCGGACAUACGGGCUCAAGGUCCAUUACAACACCACGGCCCCCGGCCAUGUGACCUGGAUGGGCACGGAGCGGUUGCUGUACAAGAACCUGGAUUUUACCAUGGGCCAGUUCCGCGGGAUGGUGCACGGGCUGGUCCAGGCCGCGCGGGGAUUACUGGGAGGGCUGCUGUGUGAGCCCGAACCCCGCCAGUGGCCGGCGAUCCCAUGGGACGGGUUAUUUGAUAAUCCCACCGAAGCCACGCCGGGUUGGAGUUUUUUAUCGGACCAGCGGACGCAGUGGCCCGUUCCGGGGCGCCAUUGGUUAAUCGACCGGAUUGCGCAGGAACCCGCGGUGGCCCGGGCAUUCGUCACCCAGGGGGGGCUCAGCGCCAGCAAGGCCACCAAGUACUUCCAGCAGGUGGCCCGGUUUAAGGAGAAGCUGGCGGUGGCCGUGCAUUUGACCAGCAGUGCCCCCGCGCGGGCCCCCGAGCUGCUGAGUAUCCAGCAUGUCAACACCAACACCAACAUGCGCCGCAAUAUAUAUAUUGAAGAUGGGAUGGUGGUGUUCGUGUCCGCAUACCACAAGGGGUUUUAUAGCAGUAAUGACGUGAAGAUCAUCCAUCGAUAUUUACCCCGGGCCGUGGGUGAAUUAGUGGUUUGGUAUUUAUGGCUGGUGUUGCCAUUCCUGCGGCAGCUGGCCGUGAGCUGGGGGCGGACGGUGGAACCCGGGACUGAAUCCCAACCCCACCACCGCAGUCCAUAUUUAUGGGGACCGGACGUGGGCAGCGGACGGACGUGGACGAGCGAGCGGUUCCGGGAGGCAUUGAAGCAGGCCAGCCAGACCGGGCUGGGGUUAGGGUUCGGGUUCAACGUGGCGAAUUACCGGGACAUCGCGGUGGGCAUCAGCCGGCGGUUUUUGCGGGGAUCCAGCGCGUUCCCGGACAACAUCCAAACCGAGCGGCAGCAGGAGCUGACAGCCAUUGCCGCCGAUACCGACCCCGAUGACGGGAUCGGGGAUAUUGCAGACGAGCAGGCCGGGCAUAGCACCCACGUGGCCGGGAUGGUAUAUGGGCGGGAAAGCAUGGAAUUCGCCGGGAGCACGACGGUGCGGCGGUUGAAGUUCCGGGCAUCCAGCAUGGAUUGGCAUCAGUUUUUAGGGUUUACCGCGGAAACCCCCACGGUGCUGGGGAAACGGGUCAACCCAUGGGAGGCGCAGGCCGCGGAUCACCAGGCCCGGCGGCGGACGCAGCUGCAGGCCACGGACAUGGAGGCCGCACUGCAGCGGAUGACCGGACAGGGGGAGAUACAGUUCCGGGGCGUGCAGCAACCGGCCAUCCAGGCCAUCCAGGAUGGGGCCAGCCCGGUGGUGGCGGUGAUGCCCACCGGGGGCGGGAAAAGCAUGUUAUUCAUGUUGCCCGCGUUCGUGGCCCCGGGGGGUGUACCAUCGUGGUGGUCCCGUUAG